CAAUAUCAAAGUACGUACCUCACCACCACAGACAAUGUCACUAAUCCUGACAAUUUAUCUGGUAUCAUGUGUCCAUCAUACUUCCGGUGGAUCCAUGAGGAUCUAAGGCCGUGGAGGGAGACCGGAGUCACCAAAGACAUGGUGGAACUGGCACGAAAGUCCUCAAAUUUCAGGCUGGUCAUUGUGAAGUGGAAGGCCUAUUUACAAAAGUACAUGGGGUGUUAUGAGACUAGGGAUGUGUUUUCUUUGCGGGGAAUCCUACAGCUUCUGAGAUGGUACCCUGGAAGAUUGCCCGACUUGGACAUGAUGUUUGAAUGUGGUGAUCUUCCCGUGAUCCCCUGCCGGAACUUUCGAGGUCCAAAAGCCUGCCCCCCACCCUUGUUCCGCUACUGCUCCGAUGAAGGGAGCUUGGAUAUCGUCUUCCCUGAUUGGUGCUUCUGGCCUUCUGGGGCUAGUAAUUAAUAUAUCACAUCAAUUUUUAAUCCCCACUUGGUUUGCAUCAGUUAUCUAGUAUUGAUCUCAAACACGUUCCUUGACACAGGGCAGAGGUGAACAUUAGGCCAUGGACGAAUAUGUUGAAGGACAUAAAAGAAGGUAGCAAGA